CAAUAGUGCAAAAAUGAUACUUACUUAAGACAAAUGUGCUUUUAAAUGAAUCUAAGGUGUUUAGAUAAUCUCUAUAUGAUAACGUCUCACCAGGAUUUUCAGUCCUUUGAAGCAUGAAGCAAAUUCAACCAGAUCUCUCUUAGCACUUAAAGGUUUUCUUAUAAAGCUUCCAUGGUUAGUCAUAGCUGGCAGUCCCUUUCUGGUUAGAGGAGUCUUAUUAACCUCUUUAGGAAUGGAGUGCCCAAACUGAAAGUGUAUCUACGACAAUGAUAAAAUUGUCCCAAGAAUUAUAACAGACUGUGGCCACACUAUGUGAGAAAUAUGUAUAAAUGAGUACUGAAUUCGAGGACUUGUGUUUUGAUCAGUGUGAAAAUAGAGCUUUUCCUCCAAAAUGGAUUGACUUUUACCCUAUAAAUAUCGCAAUCAGGCCUAUCAAGUGCGAAACAAGCCUCAUAUCACUGGAGUUGAUGAGAUUCGAGGAUAAAAAUCCAACUCCUCACAAAUAUAAUUAUCUCUACAGAAGUGGCCAGACUCCUCGAGAAGAAAAUAAAGAUGAGGAAGCCAAAACAUCUGGUCUUGACAUUGACCUCGGAGAGUUGGAUAAAGAGAGCGAAUGAGAAAUGAAUGAGACACUGAGUCUUCAUAAGCACAUCUUUGAUAAAGAUUUAAGCAUCGAUGAUAAAACUUCAUUCAAUUUUACAAAAAAUCUGGACCAAGAACUGCUAGAAAUUCUCGACGACUCAAAACUUAAUUCUGAUAGGAGCCAUAAGCCUUCUGAACAAGAGAUUCAGCAGAAAGCAGGUGAGAUCCUUUCAAAGAUCAAAGAAUCUGUGCAGGAAAGCUCUAAGAUCGAACAAGAGUUGAGACUAAAAAUAAGCAGGAUUGAAAGUUACUCCAGAGAUAUUCAAAAGAACUAUUCUAAAAAUACCUCAAGAAUCACUAAAUUAUACGAUGAUAUAAUUUUAGCUCUAUUUAAACAGAAAGACUUCUUCCUAGCGAAGAUGAAACAGAUAUAUCAAAAGGAAUCUACUAGAUGAGAGGAGGCUCAUCUGCAAGCUACUAUACAAACUGAAGAUAUUAGCAGCCUGAAGGGGAUACUAUUCCAAAGCAUUAAGCAAGAAGAUGAAGUACUUUAUAAUCAUCAUGAGAAAUACGAUGAUCUUAUUGAAAGAUGACUUCAGAAAACGAAAGAGUUCAAAAUAGACAAUCCUUUUGAUGGAAUGGUCCCAAAAGACAUUGCUACAAAGAGCAACAUAGAGAAAUUUAGGUUUUUAGUUGAUCCUCAGAAUCCUUCGAAACAAACAACAAGAGGUAUCCAGGCGAAUAAUGAGAAAAUGUCCCUAAGGGUUUCAGGCAAAUGAAAGCCAAGCAUGACCAAAAGAAAUUUCGAAGCGAAUCUCAAAAGGAAUGGUUCUCGCCAGUCAAGUAAAGUUACUGAAAAGAACAAUCCAUUACCAAAGAAGAUGGUUAAAAGUCCUUCAAAGCCUAAUUUCACAGGAGGGAAUACUCUCCGUGAAUUCGGUAACUCGAAUGAGAAGCCUUCUUUAAAAUAAGAAGCCGCGUAAGAGCUCUAAUAUUUCCCAAAUGAAUCUGCCAAAUCGAGUCAAGAUUCCUAAAAAGAAUAAAUUCAGCAAACCAGUUGAAGCUAGGAAGGAAGUCCCUCCGAAGGGUACAGAUAGUGAUAACUCUUCCAUAUGUGAAACCAUAAAAAUGAGGGCUCUAGAUGACUUGGAGAAGGAGUCAAUGGUCUCCUGUGCAGAUUCUACAGCCAUUGUCAGCGCAGGAGGGAUCACCUCAAAAAUCGAUAUACCCUUUUUGAAAAGUAUGACUCAGAGAGAAAAGAGAGAGCCAUUUUAAAACGAUUAUUUGAUCAAAAUGAUGACAAAACAAAUAGGUUAACUAAGUUCUAAAAUUACUAUUGCUGUUUUAGCGAGCCUCAUCAUGCUUUAAAUCUCUAAAUUCUUUGCUCAUCCUCAUUCGAGAGUACGAAGGUUAAUUAGAUAUUAAGGCUACAAAAAAGGCUUAGUUAAUAAGUCAACUUGUUCAGU